AUGCCUGCGCUCCGCGCCCUGCUGAACCGGCGCAAAGGGACCAUGUCCGCGUCGUCGCCGGCACCGCCGGCCCCCGGGGGCGUGGGUCCGCCUCCGGUCGGGGCACCGCCACCCGAGGCGACCUCGCCGCCAGCCACGCCGUCUCCGCGGACGGCAGCACAGCUGGCGCGGGCCGCCUUCUUCUCCACGCCGUCGGCGUCCCCGAAGCCCUCCCCGAAGCCCUCGCCGCCGGUGCUGACUCACCCCAGCGAGGAGGUGUCGCCGAACCCGCAGCACCCCCUGCGCCGCCAGCUGAGCGCCGCCAGCCUCGGCCUGGGCGGCCUCAGCCUGUCCAGGGUCAAGAGCGCCGACGGGCUGGCCGACGGCCUCGCCGACGUGGCCCCACUGCUCUCCCGGCAGCGGUCCUGCGACAGCGCGGUGGGCGGCAGCACGGGCAGGACGCCGAUGGCGGGACGCGCCAGGGCCGUGUCCUGCUACAACGUGCUGCAGUUCCUCAAGGACCGCGCGCUGUCCCGGACGCCGCAGCCGAUGCCGGGAAUGGCGGGGAUGGCGGGCCCGCCGCUGCGCAAGUGCCUCACCACGGGGCGGCUGCAGACGGAGCCCCUGCGCGCCGUCAACAGACUGAGACAGCCGUCGUCCGCCUCCAGGGUGUGCUCGCGCUGCUCCAGCAUCCUGUCGCUGGCCUCCUCGUCGCGGUACUCGCUGCACGCCAGCGCCGCCUCCUUCACCCCUCUGUCAAGGACGUCAAGGACGUCCUCCCCCGAGGAGUACGUGCUGUGCAAGCUGUGCCUCAUGGACGUGCCGGAGUCGCUCACCACCAAGCUGGCCUCCUGCCAGUGCAGAUACUGUGUCGAGUGCAUGAAGUCGUACGUCAUGUUCGAGAUCCUGGAGGGCGCCUACGACAUCUCCUGCCCGGACGCGCAGUGCGCGCUGCAGGGGGUCAUCGCCUUGGCGGAGAUCGAGACUCUGGUGGAGCAGCCUAUGGUGGACAAGCACAAACGCUUCCGACUGAACCGAGAGGUGGACCGCGACGCAACGCGCACCUGGUGCCCGCGGGCGGGCUGCGAGACGGUGUGCGUGCUGUGCUCCGGGGCCGUGCCGGGGCCGGGCGGGUCCGGGCCGGAGCGCUGCCAGCCGCAGCCGGUGCACUGCCCCUCCUGCGAGACGGACUUCUGCUCGGCGUGCCGCGCCGAGUGGCACCCGGACGCCACGUCCUGCGAGGAGAACCAGCGGCGGCUGGCGGCGCGAGGCCUGCUGCCAGACCCGCCGCUCCUCUUCGACUCGGACCUCAUCAAGCUGUGCCCCAUGUGCCAGGUGCCCAUCGAGAAGGACGAGGGCUGCGCGCAGAUGAUGUGCAAGCGCUGCAAGCACGUCUUCUGCUGGUACUGCCUCGCCUCGCUGGACGAUGACUUCCUCCUCCGGCACUACGACAAGGGCCCGUGCAAGAACAAGCUGGGCCACAGCCGCGCCUCCGUCAUCUGGCACCGGACGCAGGUGAUCGGCAUCUUCGCGGGCUUCGGCAUCCUGCUGCUGGUGGCGUCGCCCCUGCUGUUGCUCGCCGCGCCCUGCAUCGUGUGCUGCAAGUGCCGCGCGUGCGGGGGCGCAGGCAAGCUGGACGGCGAGGACGACAUGCCGGGCGAGGAGUCGGCCAGCCACUCUGCGGGGCAGUCCUGAGGAAACCUUGGGCGUUUCCGCCCCCUCGGGGGCGAGGAACGCAGCUCUAGGCGCAGGGCCGCUGGAGGAGACGGCGCUACGGACGCCCUCAAGGCCGUGCACAAGUCCAGCAACAAGGCCAGCAACAAGGCCAGCAACAAGGCCAGCUUCACGGACGCGCCCUGGGUGGAGGGAAGCGUGGUGGACCACGUGAUACGCAGCACCAGUCUGCCGAACACACGGCCCGGCGAACCGUGGCGGCACUCUGGCGAGGCUCAUGGAGCUGGUGGCCCUGGCCCUGGCGACGCCGGGGCACUGGAAGCUGGCCUGGGCCAGGGGUGGACGUCGGCGGAAGGGGGCGGCCCUGGCUUGCUGGGUAACGAGGUUCCCGAGGGUGAGCCGCGGCGUCAGGCAGACCGCCAUCCCCAUGGCCAGCAAGGCGUCCUGGGCGAAGCCAUGGGAGCUUGUAACUGGCGCCGGCCAUCGGCUUGUCCCGAGCUAGAACGCCUUGCCUCGCUGCGCACUCAAGACACGCUGGUCGAGGAAGACGAGGCGCCAGACUGGCUGGAAACUCAUCCUCACAGCGGUCGGACCAAAAGUGCCGUGAGGAAGGGGUCGCAACCACGCCAGCAGCAACCCACCUGUGGGCAGACCUCGGGCCAAGCCCAGGUCCCGAAAGAACCUUCGACGACGGUGACUGUGGAGGACCCUUUUGUGAAAGGAUUGCUAACGACAAGGCUGUGAAUAAUUAACCCAUAAACAUGCUCACAUGAUGGCCCAAAACUGUAAAUCAAAUUAGUUUUGGCGAACGGGUUGGUGAAUGCAAGGUUGAAAUAAGAUUUGAUUGUACCUUUUUACACGCAAAGAAAUGAUGUGUAGUAUGUUGUUAUUAAAACCGAAAGAUUUGUCUGAUUAUUUAGUACACACUUGCUGGGAGUUUGAUUUGAUUGUGUUUUUGAUGUUAUGUGGACUUGUACCAUAGGCAGGAUAACUUUUGAUAAUCGAUAGUAACUUUAUAAUUGUUUGAGUUUUGCUGGUUUCUACCUUUUUAUUGUUGUUUCCAUGUACAUUCCACUUUGCAAUUCAUCUUGAGAUAUACUAUUGUAAUUACAAAUAAAAUAAUUGAAAAAUGGAUUAAUCCUCUGGUGGUUGUUAUUUCAAAAGGAAGGACCACACUGUGUAUGUGUUCUGUCCAGUGAUCUGUGUUUCUAAAAUAUUGUGGUAAGAAAAAUAUACCUGACAAUAUGAGAAGCUUUGUAUUGUGAACAUUCUUAAUGGAUGUAAAUUUGCUUCUAAGCAAACAUAGCAGGCAUUUCGUUUUUUGCGUGGGCACUGAUUUUACCAUGACUGAAAUUUCUUUUAAACAAGAAACUAGACGUGUGAGCUAGACGUUUAAGAUGAAUCAUCCUUGCCACCAGCAGAGCCUCAAUUUGUGUUUAAGUCAGGCUGCCCAUUUCCAUUGCAAGCUGUUUGGGUUGUUGAUUUAAAAGAAAUAAUUACAUCUGUUUAUUGAAAUAUUUCUUGCUGUUAUAAAAUGAUCUCUGUGUUAAACGUUUUGCCAUGCUUCAGUGUGUGAAUUCAUCAGGAGACUCCAAUCCAAAAUGGUCUGUGAUGUUGAAACACAAAAUAAUAUGUAUAUCAAAAUAAUUAGGAAAAUAUUUUGAUUUGACUUGUGAUUUUUAUGUCUGUAGUUCUUCAGGUGGCUUGUCUAGUCAAUGCCUGAUAAAAGACUUAAAUUAAACAGAAAAUGGAAGUUUAUGGGACUUUGGUGGUGAAUGAAAAUUCAUUCUGGUACAAUGAGAACUAAACUUACACUCAGCUGGCUGUUAUGUGAAACACUGACAGUUGUUCAUAUCUUGUUGUUGAGUUUUUCAUUUUUAGAUAUGGCAGUAUUAUAUUUUAACAGUACUGUUAAUUAAACUUGCUAAAACCGUCACAAUAGAUGCCAUUAUUACAAUACAGCAUCCCCUCAUACAGUAAAGCGAAACGUACUUCAAUAGCUCGAGGAUUUUCAGGGGCGUGUGUCACUAUCUAGUCUCUUUCUCAAUAUAUGAAUUUACAUCAAUCGCCUGGGAUCUUUUAUCAGAGGUCCAGGUGGUCAAAUAUUAACUUGCUUUGUAAAUGUUGGUUUUUAAAAGAUUUUUUUUUUUUCAUUGAAGAUUCUGGAUUUAAUUAAGGGAGACUGAUAGUGUGUCCAUUAUUGCUUUUGCAAAUUGUAGACUACAUAUGGUGAAAUGAGCUAGUGGUAUGGCGUUCAUACUUUCUUAUUGUCAGUUACUGUGUACAUAUUGUAUUUAUUGUCAGAACAAAAUCAUAGAAUCGUAAUGAAAAAAUUAAAAAAAAACAGCUAUCUUUUAUUGUCCUUCUGUUUUGACAUGACAUACCUCUCAACCAAUUCCCUUGGUUUUUCCCCUGUGUUUGCUUUGGAAUUUUGAUGUAUGAUAAAUCCAAAGACGCUCCCCAAAAUAUGGUGUGCUGGAAUGGCUUUGAA